AUGAUUAACCUAACGUCAUUAACAUUAACUGAAAUAUCAUUUUAUUUAUUAGAAAAUAUUUUGAUAAAAUUAUCUGACUUAGCACACUUAUCUUAUUUGUAUAACUUUCUUUCAUUAAAAACAGCUUUAUUACUGUUGAGUGAAAUACAAAAUGGUUUAUUUACAACGUUUUUACUAUUGUCAUAUUCUCAGAUUAAAAGAGUUAGUUUAGAAUAUUUGACUAUUGGUUCAUGUAUUAUAGACGAUUUAUCUUCAUUUUUCUGUUGUGUACCAAAUUUAAAGUGCUUAACGAUGAAUUUAUCUCUUUUGGGAGAGGCAAUGACAUUGAAUACAAACAUUCGUCUAUCUCAACUCUUUUCUCAUCUGUCUUGUUUAACUUUAAAUCUUCAUACAAUUAAUGUCGGUUUUGACUAUGUUGAACAGUUAAUCACGUCAUUCUUUGUCCGUUUGAAACGACUAUCACUUCUUUGGAUAAUUAAAAUACAACAAUCAACAAUGAUACUUAAUGAAUACGUAAACAGUAAGCGUUUGGAACAUGUCAGUUCAUCAUUAGAAAAGUUUGAGUUUUUUAUUCAUAUACAGUAUAGUGGUUCAAAUAUUCUUUCCAAUAAUAAAGAAAUAUUAUUGUCAACAUUUACAAAUGGUUAUUGGUUAAAAACAAGAAAUGCAAAUAUCGUAUUCGAAUAUAAUGAUGAACAAGAAUUUAUUGCCUAUACUUUACCGUGUUUGAAAUCAGACUUUAGGGUAAUAAAUAAUUCGAAAACAAUAUCAAUACGUCCUUCAAUUGAUUAUAAUAAUAUUACAGCGUUAAUUUAUGGGAAUGUGUGGAAAGAGCGUACAGUUCGUGUAUUUGACAAUGUUAAGACUCUAGUGUUGAAUAUUAACGAUGGGCUAAUAGACUUUAUGUCACAUUGGAACUAUUUUUCGUACAGAAAAGUGGAGCAUUUAAUAUUACUAGUACAUCUAGGUGGUCGUCCACCUCACUCAACGUCCCAAGUCCUAUUAAAAUUAUUACAAAAUGCGCAAAAGACUGAUACAUUAACACUAUAUUUUAAUCACUUUGAGAUGCAAUCAAUUAUAUUUAGCGACGAAACACUGUGCGUAUACCUUAGCAAAGUUAUUCGAAAGUUAACUUUAAAACGUCUUCAUCUUAUAGAAUCAUGUAAUAUAGAAACUCUUUGUCGGGUUAACCAACAUCAGUACACUACAUGGUUAAAGGAAAAUCCAGUUUUAACGCAAAAAUUUGAUAUACAAUGUCCUAUUCGUCUUAUGACAAUAUGGCGCAAUCAAGAUUAA